UGUUGCGAACCACACGGAAACCCGAGGAAGCGUAUUGUUGUUUUAAGGAACGUCUUGUUUGUGUUGCUUCCUGUGUGAAAUGGACGUGAACCAACGCGCGUACUUCACUAUUGUAGAUAAAAAGGGACCGUUUAAAUUCAUUUGCUACACACGGAGGAAAAACGGAGCGUUUUGUGUCAGCUUGACAGAUGCUGCUGAUGUGUGGAGCGCUGAGUACGAUGAGGACCCGACUACCGCGUCUGGACAGAGGUUUGCUUUGACGUCUACAGAUGAUUACAUUGUGAAGCUCAGGGCAGCCUGUAGUAGUGGGGAUGUGUCUGUCGCGGUGCACGACUCCACUGCAGAGCUUCAUGUGGGCUCCACUCCAGGGGACCUGAGCGUUACCCUGUCCAGGCUAAAAGGCCCACAGGCCGCGGAGGAACUGAAGGAGCUGCUGUUCGAAAUGGCUGACAGUCUCACUCGCCUCAACAGUACCUCCACCUUAGUCAGUCCAGUGAAAAAUCACCAAAGGCGUGCUGCAGAUUUUGAGCCCCGCCAGCAUCAGAACUGUGCUUCAUCAGUGACUGUGAAGAGACGACUUCCAGGGGCUUCUCUUAUCAACCCAGGAGCUAAAAAAAAACUUCAAGCUACUGGUGUGGCCUUUGAUGAUGCAGAAGAAGACUGAUGUGGCCUCCAUGGUUCCAUCACUGCUGCUUAUUCAACAUAGAAUGUCUCUUUUUAAUCCAUAAACACAAACUCUAUCAUGACAGUGACAAUGACAGUAUCAGAAAUUGGAACAGUGAUUUUUAACGAUAUUUAUAUCUGUCAAUACAAUGAAUGUCUUUUAAUGUGGUCUCUUUUUAAAAGAUGUUAUGUUUUAGGGUUGGGUUUAGUGAAUGUGGACGUGAAAUAAAGAGUUGUGUAAAAGAA